UUGUAUUGACUUAUUAAGUUAUUGGUUAUAAUAUCUUAUUAAUAAUUUAUUAUAAGAAGUGAUUGAUCCUUCAAGUGACGAAAUGAGGUACCUCUUGCUGAAAGUAGUUUCGGGAUCGGCUAUAGCUGCUGUGUUGUCAGUUGCCCUCUUCUACACCAUCAUCCUGCAAGAAGGCGAGACCCUGAGCAUCGGAUGGUUCUUGGGAGCCGCUUCUCCUUUCCUGUGGAUAGGCCUAGGAAUCGGGUUGACGGUGUCCCUGUCAGUCGUUGGAGCUGGGAUCGGGAUAUACACUACCGGAGUGAGUAUCGUCGGGGCUGGAGUCAAAGCCCCGCGCAUAAAGACCAAGAACCUGAUCUCGAUAAUAUUCUGCGAAGCUGUCGCCAUCUACGGGCUGAUCACGGCGAUAGUGCUCUCGGGGGCGGUGGAGCCGUUCACCUCCUCGAAGGUGAUCGGGGACCAGGCGCUGUACGAAGCCAACUGGUACUCGGGGUACCUCACCUUCGGCGCCGGGAUGACCGUCGGCCUGGUCAACCUCUCCUGCGGCGUCGCAGUCGGCAUCGUCGGGUCUGGUGCGGCCCUGGCGGACGCAGCCAACCCGGUGCUCUUCGUCAAAAUACUAAUUAUUGAGAUUUUCGGGAGUGCGAUCGGCUUGUUCGGGUUGAUCGUUGGCAUAUACAUGAUAUCUGAAGUUAAGAUGGGUGAUAAGAUUAAUUAAGUUUUAAUUUAACUGUUAAGGUUAUAUUAUUUAACUCAUAUUUAAUGUAAUUAUUUUAACGUAAUAAAACUUGUAACAAGUGAGUUUUUUUUAGUUUUAUUUAGUGAAUGGAGAGUAACACUUUUCAGGAACGAUUUUUAAUUUUUAUUUUUUUAAGGACAUUCCACAAUACCGAAUUUAAGGUUCUGACAAUUAUCUUCUC